AUGGACAUUAUUGAGUUACUUCACCCAAGUGAGUCAAAUAGCACGCGUGAAUCAAAAAGAUAUCCAUGUAGGUGGAAAGACUGCCCAAAGGCAUUUAGUCGACCGUCUGACACAGCUCGGCAUUAUAGAAUACAUGUUGACGACAGACCGUUCCAAUGUCAUAUCCCUUUGUGUGAAAAGCGAUUUAUUCAAAAAUCUGCACUGACUGUUCAUUUGCGUACUCACUCUGGAGAGCGGCCGCAUGUGUGCGAGAAUAUCAAUUGUAAAAAAAGUUUUGGCGACAUUAGCUCUCUUGCUCGACACAGACGGAUACACACUGGUAGUAGACCAUACAAAUGCCAUUUAGAACAUUGUCACAAAAGUUUUACAAAAAAGGCACUUUUGGUACGACACAGGAAGAAGUGUCAUGACCAGAAAACAAGCGAGGGGUUUCACCAGUUCUCGAUGCUUGUCAUUUAA